UUGAGCCUCAUAGCAUCCCUGUGAGGUGGGUACUUACAAGGUGUUAUUUAUUCCCAUUUUAUGGAUGAGGAAACAGCCUCAGAGUGACCUAGAAGAAGGAACGCUGACUCUGGAGGUGGAGAGCUUGUGAAUUCUGUCGUUGACACUUAGUUGUGUGACCUUCACCGCCCUGUUCCUCAGUAUCUUCAUUUGUAAAAUGAGGCGGUUGUACUGCAUGGCGUCUGAGGUCUCUAUAAUCCUGUGAAGGAGGGAUCUGAAGCCAGGUAUUUUGACUCUAAGUCCAGAAUUGGUGUCCAAUUACUCCAAGAUUGCCUCCCUCUGUGUGAAGAAUGGACUUGAUUUGAAGUAAUGAGACUGGGGCUUCAGGGGAGUGGCUUCCAACUUUACAGGAUCCAGGGUUGCCGGGCUUAUGGCCCAAAUGGGGAGGGCCUACGGCCAUUCGUUCACUGUCCCCUUCCAUCCCUUUGGCCUUUGCCCUGGAAGUCCUAAAGUGCUUCUGUCUCUAUGUCCAACAGAGCUGCUCUUGUCUGGAAAGUUAAGUGAAUAUGGCGUGUUUGUACCAUUCAGCGCGGAUCACGAAGGCCGGUUCCUCUCGCACGUGGUGUCCGGACCUGCAGCCUCUGGGAACAGCGCAUUUGACAGGUCUCCUCUCCCCCCACCAGCUCCUUCCAGCCGGCACCGGGUGGCCCGAAGCCCUUCCAUCCCCGCAGCAGAGCCGGCUGGCCCCGGCUCCGUGGGGAAGUAUUCCAUUUAUUUCAACGUCACUAUCUUUGGGAAGGAGUUCCACUUAGGACUGAAGCCUAAUCAGCGGCUCGUGGUCCCUGGAGCCUUCACACAGUGGCAGGAGGAUUUCUGGGAGUUUUCUCGGGAGCCCCUCCAGCAGGAGUGUGUCUUCACUGGCAGCAUCACCGGCAUGCCAGGCACUGCCGUGGCCAUCAGCAAUUGUGACGGCUUGGCUGGCCUAAUCCGGACCGACAGCAGCGAAUACUUCAUCGAGCCUCUGGAGAGGGGUCAGCAGGCAAAGGAGGAGACCGGGCGGGUGCAUAUUGUCUACCGCAGGGUAGCUAUCAGGCAGGAGAAAGCAGAGCCCCUGGGAGACCUCCACAAUGAAGUCCCAUACUUUGGUCCCAGGGAGCUCCCCAACCUGCUAGGCUCAGUGGCGGAGCAACUGGGAGAGGCCCAGCGGAAGCGGCGUCAUGCCAAGCCGGGUGACUACACCAUCGAAGUGCUGCUGGCUGUGGACGACUCAGUGGUGCGCUUCCAUGGCAAGGAGCAUGUCCAGAACUACGUCCUGACCCUCAUGAACAUAGUGGAUGAGAUCUACCAUGAUGAAUCCCUGGGGGUGCAUAUGAACAUUGCCCUGGUACGGAUGAUUAUGGUGGGUUACCGACAGUCUCUGAGCUUGAUUGAGCGAGGGAAUCCGUCCAGGAGCCUGGAGCAGGUGUGCCGCUGGGCUCACUCCCAGCAGCGCUCGGAUCCUGGCCAUGCCGAGCACCAUGACCACGCUGUCUUCCUCACGCGGCAGGAUUUUGGUCCCGCAGGUAUGCAAGGGUAUGCACCCGUUACUGGCAUGUGUCACCCCCUGAGAAGCUGCACCCUUAACCACGAGGAUGGCUUUUCCUCUGCCUUUGUGGUGGCUCAUGAAACUGGCCAUGUGCUAGGCAUGGAGCAUGACGGCCAGGGGAACCGCUGUGCAGAUGAGACGAGCAUGGGCAGUAUCAUGGCACCACUGGUGCAGGCCGCCUUCCACCGUUACCACUGGUCGCGCUGUAGCAAGCAGGAGCUGAACCGCUACAUCCACUCCUAUGACUGCCUCCUGGAUGACCCCUUUGAACACCAGUGGCCCCAGCUGCCAGAGCUUCCUGGGAUUGAUUACUCCAUGGAUGAGCAGUGCCGAUUUGACUUUGGUGUUGGCUACCAGACCUGCACAGCCUUCAGAACCUUCGACUCUUGCAAACAGCUGUGGUGCAGCCAUCCUGACAAUCCGUACUUCUGCAAAACUAAGAAAGGGCCGCCCCUGGAUGGGACUGAGUGUGCCUCAGGCAAGUGGUGUUUUAAAGGCCAUUGCAUCUGGAAGACGUCAGAACAGCCCUACGGCCAGGAUGGCAGCUGGAGCUCCUGGACCAAGUUCAGCUCCUGCUCCAGGACGUGUGGGGCCGGGGUGCGUUCCAGGAGCCGCAGCUGCACCAAUCCUCCCCCAGCCUACGGAGGCCGCCAGUGCCCAGGCUCCAUGUAUGAAUAUCAGAUCUGCAACACAGAGGAGUGCGGGGGCCCCUACGAGGACUUCCGAGCCCAGCAGUGUGCCAAGCGCAAUUCCUACUAUACCCACAAGAAUGCUCAGCAUAGCUGGAUCCCCUAUGAGCAUGAUGAUGAGGCCCAGAAAUGUGAAUUGAUUUGCCAGUCUGAAGACACUGGGGAUGUGGUAUUUAUGAACCAAGUUGUCCAUGAUGGCACCAGGUGCAGCUACAGGGACCCUUACAGUGUAUGUGCCCGAGGAGAGUGUGUGCCUGUUGGGUGUGACAAGGAGGUCGGGUCCAUGAAGCAAGACGACAAGUGUGGUGUGUGUGGGGGAGACAACUCCCACUGCCGGACGGUGAAGGGCACCCUGGCCAAGUCCCCCAAGCAGCCAGGUUCUCUCAAACUGUUCCACAUCCCGGCUGGAGCCAGGCACAUUCAGAUCGAAGAACUAGAGAAGGAGCCCCAGACCAUCGUGGUGAAGAAGAAGGCCACUGGGAACUUCAUCCUCAACCCCAAGGGCAAGGAUGCUGAGAACAGAACCUUCAUUGAGAUGGGCUUGGAAUGGGAGUAUAGUGUGGAAGACUCAAAAGAAGCUCUGAAGACCAGCGGCCCUCUGCCUGAGGCCAUCACUGUCCUGGUCGUCUCCCAAGGGGACAGCGACUCCAGGAGCGGCCUGAUAUACAAGUAUGUCAUCCACGAGGACCUGCUGCCCCUCAUAGAGAGCAAUGAUGUGCUCCUGGAAGAGACCGAGUCCUUCGAGUGGGCCCUCAAGAGCUGGUCCCCGUGCUCGAAAACCUGUGGAGGAGGUGUCCAAUACGCCAAGUACGGCUGCCGGCAGCGGAGCGUCCAUCGCAUGGUGCACCGUCACUUCUGUGACCACCAGAAGAAGCCCAAGCCCAUCCGGAGACGCUGCAGCCAGCAGGAGUGUGCCCAGCCCUCGUGGGUAGCUGAAGAGUGGAGUCCCUGUAGCAAGAGCUGUGGAAAGCUGGGGGUGCAGACUCGGGCAGUCCAGUGCCUCCAGACCCUGCACAAUGGCACCAGCCGGGCCGUGCAUAUCAAGUCCUGCCCUGGCGAUCGGCCUGAGGCCCGGAGACCCUGCCACCGAGUGCCCUGCCCGGCCCAGUGGAGAAUGGGAGCCUGGUCUCAGUGCUCAGCCCCGUGUGGGGAAGGGAUCCAGCAGCGCCAGGUGGUUUGCAAGACCGGCGAUAACAGCAUGGGCCGGUGUGAGGGGGACAAGCCCGAGACCGUCCAAGUCUGCAGCCUGCCUGCCUGCCCUGGUAAGCGCCCGAGCAUCACGGCAAAGAUGGAGACCAGUGAGCGUGUGACCCCCAAAGGCCAGUGGGCCCCUCGGACUGGGCCCCCCAACCCUGUCAACAAGAUAUCAUCGAAGGAGCCCUGCCUGGGGGACAAGUCUAUCUUCUGCCAGAUGGAAGUCCUAGCACGUUACUGCUCUAUCCCUGGCUACAACAAGCUGUGCUGUGAGUCCUGCAGCAAGAAGGAGGCUACCCCCAUUCCCAGACCGGCCCCAGCCCCACCCCACUGCCACCCUUCCUCUCCACACCAGGAACCUUCUUCCGGAGUCCUGAGACCAGCGUGGCCUCUCCAGUAAUGAACGAGACCCUUCUUAUGGCUCCUGGCCCGCGCCCCCGAAUGGAAGGGGAGCUGACCGACAGCCAGAUGCCAGCAAUCCUUCCACGGAGCCCCCAGCUCCACCAGACACCAGCCCGUCAGUGACUCAGGGCAGCUUGCUCCUCAAAAGCAAAGUUGGGGAGCCCUAAGGGACAGGGCCCCAGCCCCCUGGUGGCUCCCUGCUUCCUGGACUGAGGUGCCUACCCCGUCUUCCAGUGACCACAGCACUCUGGCCUCUGCCUCUUGGGAAAAGGGACAUUGGAGGAGGGACAGCAAAAGACCAGAACCCCAAGGCCAGGGCCUCCCAGCUACAUCUCCCAUCACAUGAGCUCUGGUGUCUGCCAUCUUCUCACUCCACCCAGGUUUACACAGUCUUUGACUGCCCGUGGGAACUCAGAAGAACACUGGGAAAGGGCUGAGCGAAGGCUGUUUUUAGUGAUAUUGUAAUUGUUAUUAUUGUUAUUAUUAUUAUUAUUUGGGACUGUGGCACUUUGUAGCUCUCUAGAGGGUUGGAGUCAGGAGAGAAAAAACAAUUGAGUCAAAGCAGAGUGAAAGGGAAGCAGAUUUCGAGCAGUGAAAGGGCAAACGCCUGCAGAGAAGAUGAAGGUGCGUUGGUGAGUACCCUCGGCCAGAUACCUCAAAGCAGGGAUGGCCCAAGCCACGGGGACUCACUCUCUCAGGUGCUAACGGAGCCUUGUUGGACGUCACUCCCGGGACUGACCGGCCACGUUGCCGGAGACCUACAGUCCUUUCUCCUUCCUGCUGCUGUUCAGUCCCAGGGCAGCUCUGACGGCCCCCACCCUCCCCAGGAAGCCAGGACCAUAAGCCAUGUUCAAGGUCCCUGCCUGUGAAAGGAGGGCUGGGGGGGUCAGACCUUGCCCAUUGGCACUGGGGAGGGCAGGGGAGGGAGUCGGGCUCUCCUGUGACCAGUCUUAUGGUGCUCAUUGUCUCUUCUUCAGUUGCCUUUGAAGCCUGAGAAGAGGUGCCCCACUGUAGCAUCCCGGGUAUCCUGGCUCCCCAGCCCCAAAGACCCAACCCCUCUGUUUAUUGAAGCCCUGUGGGUCGGUCAGUCCCUCACCUGCCCCCAAGGCUGGACUCCAGGAGAUCCCUAUGUGUGAUUGAGGCAGGGGGGCUCACCUGGGAGUGAAUGGAGCUUGAGGGCCCAAAGACCCACCUUAGGGAAGAGGCCUCCCUUGAGAAAAGAAAACAGGGGUAGUGGGAGCUCCUGUGCCCUCCCUGCUGGGUCCCAGAAUGCUCUUGGGGCUGACCUUGAAUCAUUCCUGUGACAUCACCUGGCCCCGAGUUACAGUGUAUAAAAUGUUGUGUAUAGCAGCCCAAAGCUUUUAAAUGUGACAUAUUUAUUGAUUUUUCCCAGGCUUGUGAAUUUCCCCCUUUUCUUUGUUUUUGUUUUUUUCUUUUCUUUUG